CAUUAGGCGGUCACCAGUCAUUCCUCCGGCACCGCCACAGCUUUAAGGACUGACACCAUUUUAAGCACUGACACCAUUUUAAGCACUGACACCAUUUUAAGCAGUGACACCAUUCGAAUGCCCCACCCCCUACCGCGCCCAGCCGGCAGGUAUAUAAGACGCGACCCCGCUACUGGCACCCAGCAGUCAGGUCUACGACCAAGUCUGCUGAGUUCUCACGUCUUUUCUCACACUCAGUUCGUGUUGAAGACCGCUGACCAUGAAUUCCGCAGCUUGUCCAUUUUUGAACAAGUUCUCCAUGUCCAGUAUCCGCCAGUUCGCCCCUCUGUUGCUGAACUACGUGGACAAGUGUCCGGUCAUGAUGCAUGCCCGGCCACAGAGCUCCAUCAGCAGUGAGAAUGCUGAAGCCAGUCCAGCCGUUGACCCCGAGUCUGCCAAAUGUCCCUUCCUGAGCACAGGGGAGGUGACUGUGACUGAGGCUAGCAGGGCUGUACAGGAGGACGCCAUCAGCCAGCAGCAGUUGCUGGACCUUAAGACUAGAGACGUCAAGCAGGUGGACACAGAGAAGGCAACAUCCCGCUUCUUCAACUAUGACGGAUUCUUCUCUAGCCAGUUGCAGAAGAAGAAAGAGGAGCACACGUACCGUGUCUUCAAGAAAGUGAUGCGUGACGCCUCCUCCUUCCCCCACGCUUACGAGCACAGCUCCGGCACUGAGAAGGACAUCACUGUCUGGUGUAGCAACGACUACCUGGGCAUGAGCUGGCACCCCAAGGUCAAGGAAGCUGUCAGCGAGGCUCUGAUCAAACAUGGCGCUGGGUCUGGAGGCACCAGGAAUAUCUCUGGCAACUCCCCCCUCCACGAGAGGCUGGAGAAGGAACUGGCCAAGCUGCAUCAGAAAGAGGCCGGCCUCGUCUUCUCCUCAUGCUACGUGGCCAACGACACCACUCUCUUCACUCUAGGCAAACAUCUCCCUGGCAUGCACUUCUUCUCUGAUGCCGGGAACCACGCCUCUAUGAUACAAGGUAUACGCACCAGCAUGGCCAAGAAGCACGUCUUCCGUCACAACGACCCCGACCACCUGGAGGAGCUGCUCAAGAAGGUGGACCCCAACGUUCCUAAGGUCGUGGCUUUUGAGACGGUGCACUCCAUGGAUGGCUCCAUCUGUCCAACAUCUGAGAUGUGUGAUGUAGCCCACAAGUACGGGGCCUUGACCUUUGUUGAUGAAGUCCACGCUGUUGGUCUGUAUGGUGCCCACGGUGCUGGUGUAGGGGAGCAGGACAACUGUCUGGACAAGAUGGACAUUAUAUCUGGCACUCUAGGCAAGGCAUUUGGUAACAUGGGUGGCUACAUUGUUGGCUCAGCUCAGCUGGUGGACAUGAUACGAAGUUUUGGUGCCGGCUUCAUCUUCACCACAUCACUGCCUCCAACUGUUUUAAAUGGCUGUCUGGCUUCCAUCAAGGUUUUGGCCAGUGAUGAGGGGAGAGAACUUCGAGCUCGUCAACAACGUAACGUGAAGUAUCUACGAGAGAAGCUUGUAGCAGCUGGUCUACCUGCCCAGCAUAGCCCUAGCCACAUUAUCCCCAUCAUGGUUGGAGACGCUGAGAUCUGCACCAAGAUGUCCAACGACCUGAUCAGCAGGUACGGCAUCUACGUCCAGUCUAUCAACUACCCCACUGUUGCUCGUGGUACUGAACGUCUGCGCUGUGCCCCCACCCCACACCACACCAAGGAGAUGAUGGACGAGUUCGUUGCUAACCUCACUCAGCUGUGGAAGGAUUCUGGUCUGAAGCUGUACGGCCAGGUGUGUCCUGACACCUGCUCCAACUGCCACAAGGAGCUGAGCAUCCAGCGCAUGUUCAAGAAGGAGCCCAUCUGUCUGCGCAGCAACUGCACCUACGCCUCCCUGCAGGCUGCCCUUGCUUGAGCCUUGAGAAAAAUUUUACCCCCACCCCACCCAUCUUUUUUAAAUCACCCCCAACAUCCCAGAUUUUAUUUUGUUUAGAGUUUUAAAAUGAAAGUAAUUUAUCACUGCGUUAAAUUGAUUCUCCCAUAACGUAACUGAAUCUAUUUAUAACUUUAAUAAACUUUUCAUUGACUGAAUACAUAGUUUGUUGAAAGCAUUUGGGGACAAAACUUCUUAUUUCAGAUUGUUUGAAAAGUAAUUUAUUCACCCCCCCCCCCUCCCCCUUCCCCCGUACCAACUUUCCUUCUCCCCCAUCUCACAAACACAUCUCUUGUGUGGUCAUGUUCAACAGUUUGUUCACAUUUUUUGUCUAACUAGAAAACAUGCAUUUUUUUUUAACAAAUGAGUUUACCAAACUUUUGUCCAAAAUGUUUCCCCAAACUUUUGACCAAAAUGUUUCCCCAAACUUUUGACCAAAAUGUUUCCCCAAACUUUAGACCAAAAUGUUUCCCCAAACUUUGAACCUGUGAAGAUGACCUCACAAGACUGGACCUAGACGGCAACUGACCUAUGCACUCCACAGGACGCUGAGCAUUUAGUCAUGUGACACUAGUGGAUGGACUGAUGCUCUGUCCACUAGUGUCAGAUGACCAGAGCUAAGUAGGAGAGAAACUGACAAGCAAUGCUAUCUACACAUCUUACAUUGGUCAGCAUUAGAUGAGCUGACCAGCAAUGCUAUCUACACAUCUCACAUAGUCAGCAUUAGAUCUUUUGUUUUGUUGAAUUACAGCAGGUUAAUUCAAUUCAUUGCACAAUUUUAAAAAAUCAAGCAAAUAACUUUUGCUUACAGAAAAAAAAAGAUGAAAGAAGUCAUUGCUUGUGUUUCUAUUCUGCUAAAUUUUUGUUUCAUUUUAUUUGGUGAGGUUUUUAAUUUUUACUUUUCUGUGUUGGUGGUGUGGAUUGUUUUUAAAUCCAUUGACUCUCUUUAGCCUGUCUUUGUUUAGUAGGGCAGUCUUCAUGAGUCCAGGGUGGACACUAAAUACUCACUACUGCAGUACAUUAGGAGAGUUAGGAUACUGCAGGAUAGUAGGAUAGUCAGGAUAUCCAAACAACAGUUAUUUUUUUCACCAAAAGUGAAAAAAAAAAAGUUUUAGUGUCAAGUACCAAUCAAGCAGACAAAAAUUUUAAUGCUAAAAAUUAUUUUUUAUAGAAAGACUGCCGUUUAAAAAAAAUAAUUUAAUCAACUAGUUUUAAUGAACAAGUCAAUGAGCAGAAUCUUUUUCUAUUUACAGUUGAUUAGACUGUGACAGUAGAGACUAGAGAGAAGGUUUCUGUAGCUUGAGGGGGUUACAAUAUUGACGAGUCUAUGUACAACUCUAUUUUUAGCUUUGUUGUGCCAAAUAGUUUUUUGGGCAGAGAGAAUUUAAAACUUUAAAAUAGCCAUGCUAGUUUGUUCAGCUCUUUCAUCAACUAUUUUACCAAACUGUCCACAAAAUGGUUUUUACAUUUUUUUAUACAGAAGCAUCAAUCAAAUAACAAGCUAACCAUUAAUUACAAUUAGCAGCACAAAAAUAAAUUUUAAAAAUAUACAACUUUGUAUCAGGGUUACAUUUUUUUUUCAAUUAAAUGAAUUAUAUUACAAAUUUAAAGGUGAACAUAAUUUCAUGACGUACUAAGUUAAGAUUUUAUGAAGUACUAAGUUAAGAUUUUAGAGGGUAUUUUUAGAACAUUAUUUGUAAGAUUUGUAAAUAUUUUUGACAUAUAUUCUAUAGUUAUAUCUCAGCAUGUUUUUCUCAGUGUAGGCCUAUGUAGUGUAACUUUAGAUAAAACUUAAAUUCUAUACACUCAAUUGGGCUGGUAAGUAGGUCACCAACCAGUUCUAUGGCUCAUGCAGGUUUUAUUGAGCCAUAGAACUGGUUGGUGACCUACUUACUAGCCCUAUUAGAGAGUUCAGCCUUUGAUGAAACUAAUUGUAUAGCACUCAAUUUAGAAAGCUAAAUACAAAUGUAAUUUAAAGUCAUUUAUUUAAUAAGAACAAUUAUCAGUUAUUUGAAAUUAAUUUGGAUUUUUUAAAAAAUGUAUUUAAAUUUAAAUAUUUAAAUUUUUAUUUAAUUAUAUUUAAUCAGCGGGUUUUUUUUCUCUAUUAGCUAAAAGAAUUCUUUUUUUAUCUUGGUCAUUUUAUUUCUACUAGCCUUGCAUUCAAAUACAUUUAGAUGAAAAGUUAGUCACAACCUAGAUUGUCAGCUGUUUAAAGCUUUCUUGCAACUUUAUUUUCUCAACUUGAAAUGGUUAGUGUUGAAAGUCCCUUUACUCUCAUGGUUGUUAGUGUUGAAAAUCCCUUCGCUCUCAUGUUUGUUACUGUUGAAAGUCCCUUCACUCUCAUGUUUGUUAGUGUUUAAAGUCCUUUCACUCUCAUUGAGUCCAGAAGUUAUGAUACAGCUGACUAUACUCCUUAUAGCCAAGUUGAUUGGGUCCAUUUAGCCAAGUUGAUUGGGUCCAUUUAGCCAAGUUGAUUGGGUCCAUUUAGCCAAGUUGAUUGGGUCCAUUUAGCCAAGUUGAUUGGGUCCAUUUAGCCAAGUUGAUUGGGUCCAUUUAGCCAAGUUGAUUGGGUCCAUUUAGCCAAGUUGAUUGGGUCCAUUUAGCCAAGUUGAUUGGGUCCAUUUAGCCAAGUUGAUUGGGUCCAUUUAGCCAAGUUGAUUGGGUCCAUUUAGCCAAGUUGAUUGGGUCCAUUUAGCCAAGUUGAUUGGGUCCAUUUAGCCAAGUUGAUUGGGUCCAUUUAGCCAAGUUGAUUGGGUCCAUUUAGCCAAGUUGAUUGGGUCCAUUUAGCCAAGUUGAUUGGGUCCAUUUAGCCAAGUUGAUUGGGUCCAUUUAGCCAAGUUGAUUGGGUCCAUUUAGCCAAGUUGAUUGGGUCCAUUUAGCCAAGUUGAUUGGGUCCAUUUAGCCAAGUUGAUUGGGUCCAUUUAGCCAAGUUGAUUGGGUCCAUUUAGCCAAGUUGAUUGGGUCCAUUUAGCCAAGUUGAUUGGGUCCAUUUAGCCAAGUUGACUCGGUCCAUUUAGCCAAGUUGAUUGGGUCCAUUUAGCCAAGUUGAUUGGGUCCAUUUAGCCAAGUUGAUUGGGUCCAUUUAGCCAAGUUGAUUGGGUCCAUUUAGCCAAGUUGAUUGGGUCCAUUUAGCCAAGUUGACUCGGUCCAUUUAGCCAAGUUGAUUGGGUCCAUUUAGCCAAGUUGAUUGGGUCCAUUUAGUAAGUUGAUUGGGUCCAUUUAGCCAAGUUGAUUGGGUCCAUUUAGCCAAGUUGAUUGGGUCCAUUUAGCCAAGUUGACUCGGUCCAUUUAGCCAAGUUGAUUGGGUCCAUUUAGCCAAGUUGAUUGGGUCCAUUUAGCCAAGUUGAUUGGGUCCAUUUAGCCAAGUUGACUCGGUCCAUUUAGCCAAGUUGAUUGGGUCCAUUUAGCCAAGUUGAUUGGGUCCAUUUAGCCAAGUUGAUUGGGUCCAUUUAGUAAGUUGAUUGGGUCCAUUUAGCCAAGUUGAUUAGGUCACCAUGACCCAUGUGUGUGUACACAUGCACCAACAAUCACCACCACCACCAGCCAAUGCUCACUGCUCCUCUGUCCUGGUCAGCAGAGGUCAGUCCGGUCCAGCAAAUAAAUCCAUGACAGACAGACAGACCAGCAACCUCUGACAGACAGUAUGGGUUUAUUUCCCUUCAUCGUUACCCCCUCCCCACCCCAACAAAGGGAAAUAAGACGCUUGUUCCCCCAACAUCUUGCUGGAGCAAUCACCACGAGAGUGCUUGCCCCUGGAAGAUGUUCAAGUAAAUCCCUUGCACACGUCACACAUUUCUCAAGGCUCGCCAAACAAGGGUAACAUGCAGGUAAGGGAGGUCACUCGAUACAUUUAGACAACUCUAGAUGUCAAAAUAGCUCUGACCAAUAUUUUACACUUAUUCAUUAUUAAUAUUAUAAUGCAUUUUUUAAGUUUGUCAUGAAUUAAUUUUGAUCAGUGUUUUUAAUUUACAAUUUCAGCAAAUGAUUAAUAUUUAAUUUGUAUUUUUCAAUAAUUGGAAAGAUUUGACAAUUAUUUUAAAGAGUUUAGUCGUGACCACGUGACCUGUUCCAGAAACUCUGGAAGAAUUGAUGACGUAACAUCCGACAAAUCCCUGGACUCGGUUCUUCAUGUAACAUCACGAGUUUCUGGGCAGGUCACGUGACUGAAGACUUUUGUCUGAGGCAAACUCUCAAGACAGACAUUCAAUUAUCUGUUUACAUUUUUUUUUAAAUUGUGAUUUAAGAUGAAAGAUGGUAUCAUUAAUGGACUGGGAGAUGGCUAGGAUUAUCUCCCAUGUGUGAGGCUGCAAAUCAAAACUUGGCUCAAACCGGUAGUUAGUAGAAAGCUGGCUUUUUCUCUUAUUGCCUUACCUAGAGCUUUUAAUUAGGUCAACUCAACUCAGCUGAUGCUUGGGUUAACAUAACCCAGGUCAGCAGGUGCUUGGGUUAACAUGACCCAGGUCAACAGGUGCUUGGGUUAACAUGACCCAGGUCAACAGGUGCUUGGGUUAGCAUGACCCAGGUCAGCAGGUGCUUGGGUUAACAUGACCCAGGUCAACAGGUGCUUGGGUUAGCAUGACCCAGGUCAGCAGGUGCUUGGGUUAACAUGACCCAGCACCUGAGCCAGGUCAACAGGCCUAACACAGGUGAUGGGAUGUCUUGUAUCUGUGCUCUAAAAUGUGAUAGUUUUUUCUCUCUAUUGUUGUAUCAGUUUCAUCUGUCUGGCCGGCAAUAAAGUGACCAACAUAAACAAAA